AGAUGAAUGGGCUUCCACGACCAACAUCUUGGCGUUUUCCUGUGCAUCUGUGAAAACGAGCCGUUGGUUCUUUACCUCGACCGUGCGGCCUCUGGGCGCAAGGUGCUCGCUGGCUGUUUUUUGUCUGCGCCGUCCUCGGAUUCUCAUCAGAGGUCCUCUGUUCCUCCCGGGAACCUGUCAUGCUGAAGUAUCCCUGCGAGAAGGACGAGAGCAAAUGACGGUGGUAAAGACCUUCGGGGUUCCCGAGGCCAUCCUCUAGCUCAGCACGCGCGCUUCCGUUAUGUCUAUCGUUGCCCUUGCCAUCGAUGUUCGAAGCGGCAGAUUCGGCGCCGUCUUCACGUCCACUUGCAUUGUGAGUGGCGCAAGACUGCGCCGUAUCAUGCCAUACUGGCGUUGCCCUCAGGCUUUCUCUACUGUCGUCGCCUCGGCGUUUCUAGUUCUGUCUCUGCAUCUCCUUGCUGCUCAACUACAACGGCACUAAGUGGAAGGGCGAGAGCACAUCGUUCUCUUCGCUGCGGUCCCCUCUGCUGUAUCUCCAGGGCGUGAACGCUGACAUGGUGCCUAUGCAGACUACUUAUACAACGAGAUGUAUCGUCGUGUCGUUUACGGAAUAACUAAACCGUAUCAUUCCUGACGGGAUGCAGACAAAGAGAGCAAGAUUGAA